CCAUGGAUGGGCUUCUUCAACAACACACCAUGUGGUGUAUAUUGAGUCCCUUUACUUACUAUAAAUAUCUACCCCCAACUACUACUUUAUCCAUUGCCCAAAAAAAAAAGAUCAUUCUUUAUCUGAAAUUCAAUUCAGAGAGAGGAAAAAAAAAUGGAAGCUUGUUUAUUCACAACCAAUUCCUUCACCAAAACCCUAGAAUUACCCCCUUCAAUCAGGCCCAAAAUUCUCAAUUUCUCCAAGAAAAUUUCUACUCCAAUUCAUUACAGGAAACUUGGAAAUCAGAAUUCCAAUUCCAUAUCAUGUUGCUUAUCGGGAUCGUAUCCACCGUCCGAUGAUGAUAAGAAGCCGAUGAUCGAUCCCGAUUGGAGAUCAUUUAGAGCGAAACUGGUCGCCGGAGAACAAGUUGUUAGGCCUCAACAAGCAGAGGAAGCUUCCUCGUCCGUCGAUCUCGACGCGGUGGUGGAUCCUCCACCGUCGAUCAACAUCGGUGAUAAAUGGGCCCACACUAUUCAUGAGCCCGAAAAGGGUUGCCUACUCAUAGCAACGGAAAAGCUCGAUGGGGUCCACAUCUUUGAGCGUACGGUCAUUUUGCUCUUGGCUACUGGGCCUUUAGGCCCAUCAGGGAUUAUUCUAAACAGGCCUUCUCUUAUGUCCAUUAAGGAGACAAGGUCCACGGCCUUGGAUAUUGCUGGCACGUUCUCUGAUAGGCCUUUGUUCUUUGGUGGGCCUUUAGAGGAAGGCCUGUUUUUGGUAAGCCCACAAGGAAAGGGUGAUGACGUGGUGGGGAAGAGUGGUGUGUUUGAUGAAGUUAUGAAAGGGUUGUAUUAUGGGACGAAAGAGACUGUGGGUUGUGCCUCUGAAAUGGUCAAGAGGGAUAUGGUUGGGCUUGAGGAAUUUAGAUUUUUUGAUGGGUACUGUGGUUGGGAGAAAGAGCAAUUGAGAGAUGAAAUUAAAGCUGGUUAUUGGACUGUGGCUGCUUGUAGCCCAAAUGUUGUUGGGCUUGCGAGUGUUGGAAGUGUUGGGCUUUGGGAAGAAGUUCUUGGGCUUAUGGGCCCUAGGAAAGUUUGGUGAGUUGGAGAUAUGAGUGAGUAGUGUGGAUGAUGUUAACUAGGACCCAUAUGGUAUAAUGUAUAAUAGUAUUAUUACUUUGUUUUUGUUGUUAAAAGAUAUAAUUUAAUGGCCUCUAUUUAAGUGCA